CCUACAGCGACGUGUUCGAAGGCCCGCAUGGAGUAGUACCGGAUCGACCCAUCCGCCAUGUGAUCAUCCUCGAGGACGGGGCCGUACCUCCGCGCGGUUGCAUCUACCGAAUGAGCGAGGAAGAGUUAAGUGUGCUUCGGGCACAACUCGACGACCUUCUAGAGAAAGGCUGGAUUCGGCCUAGCUCAUCGCCAUACGGUGCUCCUGUUCUCUUCGUCCGGAAGAAGAACAAGGAUUUGCGGUUGUGCAUCGAUUAUCGCAAACUCAAUGCGCAGACGAUCAGGAACGCCGACCCUCUCCCACGCAUCGACGACCUUCUCGAGCGAUUGGGCGGCGCCCAGUUCUUCUCUAAGUUGGAUCUCAAGUCAGGGUACCACCAACUCGAGAUUCGCAAGGAGGAUCGCUACAAGACGGCGUUCAAGACUCGGUAUGGGCAUUUCGAAUGGCUGGUCAUGCCAUUUGGCCUUACGAAUGCCCCAGCCACUUUCCAAGCGGCUAUGACGACGGAGUUCCGACACAUGYUGGAUCGUUUCGUACUUAUAUACCUCGACGACAUUCUGGUUUACAGCCGGAGUCUGGACGAGCAUGUGGAACACCUGCGCACCGUCUUGGAGCGGGUACGACAGGGCCGGAACCUGGACGUGGGCGCGGCGUGGAGCCGAGGAGACCGGCUUGCCUUGCAUCUUGCGUUCGUAGCGUGCGAGAAUGUCCGAAGUUGUUUCUUGCAGUUCCGCACGGGUCAACCAUGUGCAGUAUGCAAAAUGUACCAAGUACUCGGUUGGCCUGUUGUCGUAGCGUCGCUGGGAGAUGAUUUCGCCGACCUCCUGGAAACCGUCCAUAGAGGGUGGGUCUUGCGAACGUCUCCCGGGAAAAUCGUCAUGUUCCGAUGGCGUGUAAAGAAACAACUUGGAGCAAUGAAAGACUGGGUAGACGGGCAAGUGGGCGGGCACCUGAAUAGUGAAGGAAGGUCCCUCGGGUGCAUCCCCAGCGGGUGCCACGAUCGGCCAAGGCCCGAUCCAUUUCGGGACGAGCUUGCAAGAGAGAUCUUGUUCAAGGUUGAAUUCCGCGGCGGAGACCCAAACGAGAUCGUCGGCGCGGAAUGGACAAGGAAGACGCUGGCGAUUGGCUUGUUGGCUCAUGCGUUGCUGCGUCUUGGCCAUCUGGUCGCGUGCCUUGACAAGUAGCUCUUGCAUCCGACACAAGAAAAAAAGAUGGUCGUCGCUCUCGGCCGUUCGUGGAAUGAUAGUGUCCAACGGCGAA